AAUGGAAAUGUCUGAAUAUGGAGAUCUAAAUAUUGGAAUACUUAUAAAUGUACAUGGAUCCAGCGAUAAAGGACUAUGUUCAAAAACACCUUCGAUUUGGUCUCUACUGGCUCCUCUUCAAAUCCAAUAUACAAUUGGAAAGAUAAAUGCCGAUAUAAAAAUUUUACCUAACUUGACACUUGGCUUCAAAGUUGUUGACACUUGCGAUCAAUUAAAUGGAGCGGUCUCGCGUCUUAUUGAAUUUCUUCCUCAAGCAUGUCCUCAAAUAAGAGAAGAUGAGAACUAUGUAGGUUUGCUUGGACCAGGUUCAUCUUCGUCAGCUGUUCCAGCUGCUGCUCUAGGAUCUCAAUACGAGUUGCCCUUGUUGUCAACUUAUGCAACGUCUGAAGAAUUGUCAAAUAAGGUACGAUUCAAAUAUUUCUCUCGUCUUGUUCCUCCUGAUUCUGUUGUGGCGGAAGCAAUAUCGCAAUUGUUAGAAGAUUCUAAAUGGUCUUUCAUACAAUUACUGUAUUCUGAAGGUUCGUAUGGUGAAAAUGCAGCUAAGAGUAUUGAAAAAAAUACGAAAGCAAAGGGUAUUUGUAUUGGUUUUAAGUAUAGAUUUAGUUCAGAUAUGACAGAUGACUACAGUUAUAUAGCCCGAAAAGUUCUUGAAAAUAGAAAGGCCAAGGUAAUAGUACUAAUUGCAUUUGGAUCACAUGUUCGAAAGUUUAUAUCCGCUUUAAGCAAAAGUAAACGGCCAGAAAGGUUUAUCUUUAUUGCAUCGGAUUCGUUUUCUCCAAUUAGUGGAUACGAAGAUCAAUUUCAAGGAAGCAUACAAUUUUAUUUUAAAUAUGGGCUGGAUCCUGUAUUUCAUAACUAUGUAAAUUCUUUAAAACCAUCUGAUGCUAAUCACUAUUGGAUAGAAAAACUAUGGGAAUUAACUGGAAAUUGCAACUUUACAACAACUUGUCAAAAUAUCUCAAAAUUCUCGGAAGUGGGGAGUGCAUUUUCAUUAACAAAUUACGUCAUAACCGCAAAAUACGGAGAUGGGUUAGAGGUUUAUGCCAAAGCACUACAUGAUCUUGUUAUCUCUAAAUGUCCUCUGGCUUUUCAACAUAAAAGCAUAUUGAAGGUUAUCGAUCAAUUUUAAAUUUUAUAAGUAUAUAGUAUGACGCAUGUAUUAGUAUAUAAAUUUUCUUAGUAUAAGUAGCACGAGAUAAACAAAAAAAGAGCUUUUAGAGAAGUAGUUAAUCGCCAUGAAAAAAAAGAAAGCUAUGAAUAAUCAUUUUUUUUAAUUACAUCUUGUAUGAUGUAAAAAUUAAACGCAAUAACAUCUCUUUGUUGAACUUUCGCUUGAGUUUAUUGAAGAAAUAACAAAGCUGCAUGACUACUGUGUAUAUAUUUUCUGUGCUAACUUUAAAAGACAUUCGAUAUUCAUUAAAUGGCUUAAAAAGGUUGAAUCUAAAAUUUCCUUUGUACAUAUGAGUACCCGGCCUUUGACAAUCAUAUUCUUCAUUCGCUUAUUACUAAUUAGAAAGUCUUGAUUAAAUUAUGUUGGGAAAAAGAGUUAAUUAAUUGGUCAAAUUAAGU